AUGAGCAACUCAGCAUCCUCUACGCAGCUUCUUUUCGGCGAGACGGACCGCACGGCCGCGCCGCUUGAAGUGGGGAGAGAUGUACGUGAGGCCCACGACACCCUCUCUCCGGCGUACCCGCAUUCCUCACCGGCGGCGCCGGAGUUGCCGCUUCGCACGCCCCCGCCGCCGCCGCUCGACCGCCUGGCCCUCGCGGCCUCCGACAGCAGCGUCGCGUCAUGGCCGCGGUUAUGCCGCCGCGAUGGUCAACCCACCACGAAGCCGUAUCGCGGUGUCGCCGUGGCCGUCUUGCGUCGCGUGCUGCAUGACCAGUCUCCUGCGGGGGAGAGCGCAGCAGCGUCCCUCACCGCCACCGCCACCACAACAUCUGCGCCGAUGGCCGACGCGUCCCUGGCGAGUGCCCACAGCCCUUUUGCCAUGCCCGGCACGUCGCUGAUCAGCGCCUCGCCAGCGGCGGCCGUGGACAACAGCAAGAACGAGGAUGACGACGACCACGGCGACGACACCGCAGACAGGCCGGCGUGUGAAGGCGCGGACGACGUGCUGCCGUGGUGGAGGCGUAUUCUCAUCGAUGUCGCGUACCGACAACGGCUGAUGCAGCUGAGCACAGAGGCGUAUCGGCAAGAGCUGAAGCUGCUGCAGAACGCCCCGGAUGUGAUCUCCGGCACGGCAGGCAUGGAGAAGAGGAAGGUGUGGCGUGAGCGGCAGUGGUGGACAGAUGAGCUGGCGGAGGUCGUCACACCUUUGCGCUACAAGCUGGAUGAGCAUGACAAGAACAAUGGGGCAGGGCGGCACGGGGCGGAAGCAGCGGUCUCUACGGCCGCCGUGAGGGCACCUCAAGGUGAAGAUGCGGACGACCGUGCUUCGCAUCCUCUUCAAGACGAAGUCGACCACACGAUUGUCAUGGCGCAGCACGUUGUGGUCACCAUUCCGCGGCACAGCAGCGUAUCGGCGAUCUUUGCGCUGCAGCACCCGCACGCGAUCAUUCACGCGUCGGCGCUGGGGACGAUACGCGUUGUGGCCCUUGGUCGCAUGCCGCCGGCGCAGCAUGCACACGAAGAGGCGUGGCAGGAGGCCGCCAUCGACGCUCACCUCCGCAUGCAGCGCCGUCUCUCGCACGAGAUGUCGCUCGCGGCGAAGCGGAAGCUGGCGAAAGAUAUCUUGGCCGAUAGGCAGGAGGUGCCGAUGCAGACCGCCAUCACAGACGCACUGCUGGAGACCGCGGCGGCGAAGCACUCCCAGCACAAGACGGAGAGUCAGCGAACGAAGAAGAGUGGGGCGACGCAUGAGCCGCUUAUCCCUCGGCCCCCCGCCCCGCGGUCCAGCACACCACCGCACUGGCGCGAUCACCUGCCGCCUCGUAUUGAGGCCAUCGGCAGAGCUCAGCACGACGUCGAUGUGGCGGUGAUCAACGUGCAGACCUGCACCCUCUCACCGUUUCCAAUGCCGGCAACAACGAAGACAGCAGCGACAACAACGGCGGCUCCAGUCUGUGAGGAAAGCAGCGUCAGCCGCAGCCACAGUAGCGGCGACACGGACAACUUCACUUCACGCAACGCAAAGGCCAAGAUGGAGAUGCAUACGCCGCAGCAGCAGCUGCGCUGCCACGAGGCGGCGAUGGCCUGCACAGACGGCACGGAAAACCUGUACGGCUUGCAGUACGUCUGGCGCCUGCCGCUGCCCCCAAGCGGUUUCAUUCGAGUGUCGCCAGACCCGCGGUAUGCAAUGUGGCCGGAUGACGCACGGCUCGGUACGGGCGUGAGCGCGCAUCUCGUUGGUGGGUCUAUCACCACCAACGACCACGGCAGUGGUGGUGGUGAUGGUAGAGGUGCAGGUCACCCACCACACGACCGCAACGCUAGUCGCAGCACGAUUCUCUGCAGCCGCCGCCGCCAGCGCCAGAUGCGGCGUCUUGCCCGCCGCGUCAACGAGCGCGCACACAAGCUGCGCUGGCUGCACGAGAUCGGCCGACGUCGUGUGUGCUACAACGAUCUGGCGCUGGAGACCGAGUCGGACGCCUCGUCGCCAUCGUCGUCGUCGGUGUCGUUUCGCUCCGACAGCACGGAUAGCACGCUGAUGUCGCAGCAAGGGGACCCAACCUCGCCGUCGCGGUUUUCGCUGAACGUGGCUCGGCAGGUGGAACGACGAAAGAGGGGCGUCGCGGCGGACGGAAGGGCAGCGGCGGUGGCGGCGGCGCGUCGAAGGAGGCUCGCUGCUCGCGCUGCCGCCCGCGGGGAGGUGGCCCGGCCGAUCUACGACGGGGCGCUGAACAUCAACGUCUACGCCGAUGUCCUCGACACGAGAAAACUGCCGGCCAACGACAGCAGCAACAGCAAGGGGACCAUGGCGAGUGCACAGCAGAAUGCGACGUCGUCCUCCUCCUCCUCCUCCUCGACCGUGAUGCCGCCGCACUACACCACCGCAGACGCACCGACACGACGUGUGUUUCUCGGGUGCUACCGACAGAGCCGCAUGCUGAUUCACUACAAGGUGUACUGCCGGGCGCUGCACGAGGAAGCACGGGUGCGGUGCGGACCGCCGCUCACCCACGUGAUCGGACGCGCCCAAAUUCACAGUAGUAGUGCCGCCGAUGCACGCCAUGGACAGCUCCCCGACGAGCCGUCCGUUACGUACGAUGCCGGCACGGCUGCUCUCCUGCGCGGUGUCCCCGCCAUUCCGUACCCGGUGCUUCGUCUGCAAACGGAGCCGCCCACGCUGCGGCAGCCGCACGCGCGUCAGACCCCCGACCUGUCGACUGUUCGCGAGGCGUGCUGCUGGGUGGGGCUCUUCCCCUCGGCCCGGGUCGACCUCGCCUCGGAGGCCCACCACGCCUGGCGCACGCUGCGCGAGUCGGCGCUCGUUCAGCAGGCCCUGCGCGACAUCUUUGAGGAUCUCCCGCACGACAAGGAGGGGCUGCUGGACAAGCGCACCUUUGUCCUCUUUGUGCUGCAGCUGCUGGAGCUGUUCUUUCCGUCUUACCUGAGCCCGACCACGCAUGUGGCGAUUGCGGAGGAGGAGUGGGCGUACCGCGGCACCACCGAGCACGUCGGGCCGCACACCUUCCACGAGAAGUUUUUCGGCUUCCCGUUUAUCUUCAUGCGCGACAUCGCGACCGUGACGGAGACGGAGUUGGUGGAAUUCUGGUCCAUCUUGCGGUUGUGCCUGCGGGCGCAGCAGGAGCAGACACGGCUUCGCCUUCCCGGGGAAGCCGCCACGCCGCCGGAGGCGCUGCUCUCCGCGCUGCACCUCCUCGUUCCGCUGACUAGCCUGAACCCGACGCAGCUGCUGACGUUGAUCGCCCGUCCGCCACCGGCCUUCGACCCCGUCGUGUACGACCGCUUCUGCCUGCUGACUGAGGCGUUCCGCAGCGACCCCGACGUGCACCGCGCACCGCGCGCCAGUCAGUACACGGUGGCGCGCGCGCGUGUGGAGCAUCAACUCCGUCUUCGUGAGGCACAGCGGCGGCUGAGCGGAGCGGCCAAGGCGGCGGUGCGGGGAACGACGUUGACGCCAGCGGCGCUGCUCGCCUCCGCCUCAAGGGCAGAAAACAAUCCCACGAGUGAGACCGCGCCGCUGGACAUAGCGAACAAGCUGGCGGUGUCGGUGUCCGACCUGCUGAGCGGGUCGGCCGGCACGACCAGCCGCAUCGGUAUCGAAAACGCGGUGCAGCGCGAGCGCGAGGAGCAGCAGCGCCGUGCGGAGGCUCUGGAGAAGCGUGUUCUUCUGGAGCAGUCCGCCUUUUAUGAACAGCGGCAGCAGCACCUGCAUGUGCGGACCGCCGCGGUGGUGUCGGCGAUCGAGGGCACCAGCAGCUCCUGGGAGCUGCACCGCGCGGAUGUCUACGAGCCCCCUUCGCAGAGCUGCGGCGGAAAUCUGAAGGACUCCGUGACCGCAGACCGCAACACCGAAGAAGGAGAAGGGAACGAAGACGUCGAAGACGCGCUGCUGGAGUACCUGGACGGUGUGCCGUGCGACGUCUUCGGCGGGCGUGUCUCGCUGCGGGAGCGGUAUUUGCUGCACAUCCGGUACCAGCGAAGUCGGCGGGGGCACGAUUUUCCGUGGCUGCAGAACCGCGCCGUCAACGACACGGCGGAUCCGGCGUCGACGUCGGCUGCUGCGUCGCCCGCUGCGGUCUCCUCGCCCAACACGAUUCGCUUAGCAGAUCGCGAUCGUGAAGUCAAGACGCGGCGCUUCCUCAGUGUGAUGAAGGGCGAGGGCAGCACCGUGCAGGAGCGGCAGCUCGUCGUUGCGGCGGAGUGCGAGCGCCUCCUUGGGUCUCCGCGCGCCCCCGUGACGACGACGGUCGCCGCGUGUGACGAGAAGGACAAAGACCACCAAUCCAAGACGACCACGUCGUACGCUGCCGGCAUCUACCCGCUCCGCCCGGUGCCGCGCAGAACCAGCAGCAUCCUCCUCGUAACGGACCAGCGGGCACGGAUGCGCAUUCUCGAGCAGGCAGACUACACCAUGUCCGACGCGAGCAGGACCGGGUCGUUUGUGCGGAAGGCGUCGGACCGGUCGGUGCACAACGGCAGUGCGGAACGGCUGCCGCGUCGAGUACCGUCCCGGGUGCGCAUGGAAAUACCGUCAUCCUCCUUCUACGGCUCGCAGGGGCGCCGCCACCUUGCCCAGCCCCCACCAACCGCCGCCGCUGGCAAGACGACGAGGAGGGUGAGAACAGCAUCUGCCACUGCGUCAGCGACGGCCCAGCACCAGCGGCGGCAGCCGCAACUGCACCGUGGUGUAGGGAGUCGGGGAGACUUGAAGCGAAAGGCGAGCAACACGAUGCAGCGCACGCACUCCUUCGGUCGUCACCCAUCAGCCCCGUCGCUGUCGAAGGUGUCGGCGUACGCAGCAGCCGCACCAGCCGUCGAGCCGGCCCCUCCCUCCCUUCCCCUUUCACGAGCGCCGUCCCUGACGGAUGUGGGGGAGAGGGUGACGUCGUCGUAUGGGGUUGAGGGAGCCGGGCCGGCAGGCAUGCCCAACCUUGCGAGGCCCAUCACGAACGUCUCGUUCAUCGAGGCAGACCUGGCCCGCAACAACAACGACGACGUUGACGGGGACGAUGACUGGAACAGUACGACCGUGUUGUCCAUGCCGCUGGGGGGGUCAUACCGGUCUUUCUUCACCGCGUGCGGCGACCGCCGCGGGUCGAAUGCGUCCUUGGCGGCGAGUGCAGCGCAGCAGCGUCUCAGCACGGCGGCGCGCACUGCCUCACCGGCGACACUCUACGCUGGUCGGCUGCGUGCCCAGCAGCGUCGGCAGCAGCAGUACCAGGAGCGGUUCAACGCGAAUCGUGGACCUGCCGCGACGCUGAAGCGGUAG